AUGACUAUGAUUAUGCAACGGAGCUCCAUGCUGGGAGGCAGCAUGGCUGGCGGUUCUUUCGGCGGUGGUUUUGGCGGCGGCCUUGGCAUUGGCCUUGGUGGGGGAGCGGGACGCAUGAGCUCAUUAAGCAUGGCAGGAGGAGCAGGAGGCAGUGGUGUCAGAGUCUCAUCAGCCAGCAAAAGCUUUUCCAUGGGCGGAGGAGGCGGCCUUGGUUUCGGUGGUGGAGCAGGCCUAGGUUUCGGUGGUGGAGGAGGCGGAGGUUUCGCGUUCGGUGGAGGUGCAGGUGGAGGUGAUGACGGCGGGGCUGUCACUGGGAAAUUCGCCAUGCAGAACCUGAACGACCGUCUGGCCACCUACCUGGCCAAGGUGAAGGCGCUGGAGAGUGCCAACGCUGCGCUGGAGCUGAAGAUCAGGCAGUUUGUGGAGAGCAAGGUCGGCCCCAGCACCAGAGACUUCAGCGCCUUCUACGUCACCAUUGCAGAGAUCCAGGGCAAGGUGAGGCACAGGGGCACCAUGGGAAACUCGGUUCAGGUGGAGCCUGCAGUCUUUGGGGUGGUCCAGGAAACAUCUGUGCUGCUGGGUUUAGCUUCUGUCAGGAAAACUCAACGGAAAAUCUGACCAUCACAAAGUCUUGGACACUGUUAAAGUAGAAAAAUAUAUAUACGUAUAAAAAAGACAAAAAAAAAUAGAUUGUAUUAAUUGUUUGCAGCUUUUGACUUGAUUAAAAACCAGAGGGCAAAAACAAAGGAUGAGACUUUAACUGCUCACAAAAUUAAAACAGAACUAGUCUUCAAAAGACAAAAUAUGGACAUUUAGAAAGGAAGAAAAACCAACAAACUAAAAAAGUAGAAUAAGUCAUAAACUCUUAGAGACUCAAGAAACCAGAUGAUGAUCUGUAAAUGUUAGCCCAUCAGAGAUGAUCAGAUGGAUGUAAGUGUAUCAAAACAGGUGGACCACACCUGUGUAAGUGAUCGAGGUGAGAGAGAGACACACCCCUACCACACCUGAGGCUGCUGCUUAACGCACACCUGCAACUUCAUCCACUUUAAACUUUCUUUUACUGCCAUUUAAACUUAAAUUUUAUCCAUUCCUCUCAUCCGCUAUUUUUUGCUUUCGAAUGGUUGAUCUUAAACAUUUCAAAUAAACUAAAAAGUGCAUCUGUUAAUUUAAGGUUUUAAAGUGAAUAAGAUAAAAAGUGACAUUUGUUUGUUUUCAUCUGUUUAAGUCUCACUUAAAAUUUCACUUAUGUAAUGAUAACUACUAAUAUUUACCUUGUUGAAAUCCUGCAAAGUUUUGCAAAAACCUUGCCUCAUUUAGGCUCAUUCAGGUGUUCAUCUAUACAGGUGUACCUGACCUGGGUCUGCAUGUUGGGCUGAGAUGUGUCAGACCAUCUGAUCUGAGUUACAGCGCUGUUCAAACUCUGCAAAGUAGAACUAGAAAUAUUCAUGUUGACUGUGUUUUUGUGUGUGUUUGUGAUGUAGUAUAAUCUAACUAAAGUAGGUGAUCCUGCAGAAAGCUGUUAUUUGUUUAGCUAAACUGAUGCAUAAGGACGUUUGUUCUGCAGGUAUUUUAUCCUGGUGGCUGUUUGUGUUACCCAGCGGCUCAGUCGGCUCCUAAUGAUCAUUCUCUUUGCUCUCUGUUUUCACACAGUACUUCUGAAUACUACACAGCUGCUCUGUUUUUUUUUUUUUUCUUUGUUUAUGAAAAUAUCUUCAUGUGUUGUUUUAUACAUGUGUGAAUGUAUACAUGCUUGCAAGUAUCAGCUGUUUACUCAUGCUGAUGAAAUAAGCAGCUGAUGAGUGAUCAGCUGAUCGAGUAAACAUGGAGCAGAGCAGAAAAAAAACAGUCAGUUUGUUUGACUGUUUGACAUUUUUAUACCCCAUGAUGAUGAAUCAAACUUUCUUCUGAUCUGUUACAGCAAAAAAAUCCAAAAUGACCUUAUGAUAAUAAUAAUAAUCAUGAUAGUAGUAACAAUAACCUUUUUUUUCUUCUGUGUUUAGAUCCAGGAGGCCAUCAUCACCAAAGCAACCGUUCUUCUCGCCAUCGAUAACGCCAAACUGGCUCAGGACGACUUCAGAGUCAAGUCAGUACUCUCAUUUAUCUCUGCAGCAAAUGAAACACAAAGCACUUUAUGAUCAGAUACCCUCACAGUCAUUGCAGAGAGUGUCUGCAGCCUGAAAUGCAGCUGCUUGUUAUCAGCAGAGUUACCUCCCCCAGGUGGUCAACACAGAGAAUGCACCAGCAGUUUUUUUUCCUCAGUUACAGUUGGAUUUAGAAAAGUGAACUUUAGAAGCUAUUCCACCAUUUCCCCCCCAUUUUUUCACAUCUAAAGGUCUAAAAUGACAAAAAACAUUGAACAUUUGCAGCAGUUUUCUUACAUGUUCCCAAAUCCAUCCAACAAAACCUCUUUCCUCUGAGCCCAUGUGUCUUCAUGACCCUAAUUUGACACUGUACUAACCUGUGCAGGUUUGAGAACGAGCUGUCCAUGCGUCAGUCCGUGGAGGCCGACAUCGCCGGACUGAAGAUGCUACUAGGAGAACUGGGUGUGGCCAAAACAGACCUGGCCAUGCAGAUCGAGCUCACGACAGAGGAGAUGUUGUCCAUGAAGAAGAACCAUGAGGAGGUACAUACACCUGCACACACAUCAACACGUGUCUGUGUGCAUUUUGUUCAGCGACAGCCUUCCUUUCUUUGUCAGGUUAUCUUUAUUAGCCCACGCUAAAUCAUUUUCAAACAGUUUAAUCUGCAGUUUUGAAUCAAACCACCACAAACCAACUGUUUAAGAGGGGAAAGAGGAACUUCAGUCAGCUUUAGUCAAAAACACCUUAAAACUGAAUGUGUGGUCUAAAAAGAGAAUGAAGAUAUUUGAACACAGGUUUGAUGUAAUCAUAACUAUUAAUGCAAAUAAAUUUGAUUUCAGGGCCCUCUAUUUCUGCCAAUAAUAUUGAUUGUUGAUCAUUCACACUCCUUCACAAAUCUCUUCAAUUAACAUUCCCUGACAUGCAAACAUACCUUUAUCCUGGCAAUUUUUCUUUUCUUCCUCUUUCUUUUCUCUGCUCCUAAAGGAUAUGUCCUUUUUUGGGACAUUCUUUUGCCCCACAACUACCUGCUCUUUAGAUGCUCAGUGCACAUUGCACAGCAGAGGGCACAUAACGGUAGCAGAGCUUUGACAUAUCAGCAGUAAGAAUCAUAGGCCUACAUCAGCAGCAGCACUAAAAGGUUUUUAUUUUAUUUUAUUUUAUUUUUCCAAUAAUAUAUAUUUGAUCACACAGAAAGCAUCACUCAUACAAGAAAAAAUAUAUAUAUAUAUUAUUAUUAUUUUUAUUGCUCUUGGGGGCCCCCUAUUGGUCAUGGGGCCCUAAGCAGGCGCUUAGUUCGCUUAUGCCUUGGGCUGGCUCUGCGUACAAUACAUAAAACUUAGACUGUGCAACGAUCUUCAGUAUGCUGAUAUAAUUAGCAUUUCACCAAGCUUUCAAAAUAACUUGUCUUUACAAACUAAACAAACAACUGAUGCAGAAAUUUUAGAUGCUUAUGUUAAUUGUUUUUUUUAUUGCAAUUGCACGUCCCCAUCUUGUUCAAUUAAGUACACUGCAAAGACAGGAUAUUUAAUUUUCAAACUAGUAAACUUUAUUGUUUUUUUUUUGUUUGUUUUUUGUGUUGUUGUUGUUGUUUUUCUUCCACAUGUUUUUAAUUACUUUAAAUUUUAUUCCUGAAAUACAUUCCAAAAAAGCUUAGACAGGAACAACAAAAGGCAGAGAAUAUUGAGAACUAGUCUAAAACAACCCAUUUGGAUCAUUCCACAGGUGAAUAGUUUAUUGAGUUUAUCGGAGACAGGUAAGUGUCAUGAUUGGGUUUAAAAGAAGCAUCUCUGAAAGGUUCAGUCCUUUACAGGCAAGGUUUACCACUUUGUGGACAACCGUGUGAGCAAAAGUCCAACAUCUUAAGAACAUUUCUCAACCUACAGUUGAAGGAAUUUGGGCAUUUCAUCAUCUACAGUCCAUAAAAUCAUCAAAAGAUUCAGAGAAUCCAGAGAACUCUCUGUAUGUAAGCAGCAAGGCCAAAAACUAACACUGAAUGCCUGAGGCAGCACUGCCUCAAAAACCAGUUAACACAGUUUGUCUACAAACCUAUGAGUAGAUGUUUAAACUGUACCAUGCAAAGCCAAAGCCAAAUAUCAACAACAUCUAGAAACACCAAUGGUUUCUCUGGGAUCGAGCUCAUCUGAGAUGGACUGACACAAAGUGGAAAAAUGUGCUGUGGUCUGACAAGUCCACAUUUCAGAUCGUUUUUGGAAAUCAUGGACGUGAUGUCCUCCAGGCUAAACAGAAAAAGGACCAUCCAGACUGUUAUCAGGUUAAAGUUCAAAGCCAGUGUCUGUGAUGGUAUGGGGUGUGUUAGCGCUCAUGGUCAUGGGUAUCUGUCGCAUCUGUGAAGGCUCCAUUAAUUCUGAAAGGUCCAAACAGGUUUUAGAGCAACAUAUGCUGCCAUCCAAGCAACGUCUUUUUUAGGGAAAUUACUGUUUAUUCAAGAAAGACACAUUCAGCACGUGUUACAACAGCAUGGCUACAGAGUAAAAGAGUGUGGGUACUCGACUUGCCUGUCUGCAGUCUAGACCUGUCUCCCAUUAAAGGUGGUGCAUUAUGAAGCGCAAAAUACUGUUAAGCAACUGAAGUCACACAUCGAACAAAAAUGAAAAAAAAACAUGACCCUGUCCCAGCGUUUUAGGAAUGUGUCGUGGGCAUCAGAUUUAUAAUAAGUGAAAAAUUGCAAAAACCAAAAUUGAUCAUUCUGAACACUGAGUAUCUUGUCUUUGUGGCAUAUUCAAUGAAAUAUAGAUGGAAAAGGAUUUUCAAAUCAUUAUUUUCUGUUUUCAUUCACGUUUUACACAACAUCCCAACUUCAUUGGGAUUGGGGUCGUCAGUUUUAGAGUCCUAAAUUUCGCUUUUUAACAUUGCUUGACCUUGCUCGGUUAAUCUGUCAUGUUUUCAUCACAUUUGCAUGGUAGCCUGGCAGCUUGCAAACAUUUUAGAAGCACAUCUGGGACAGAACUGCAUUGAAGAGCAAAUAUUAGCUUGGCAAAAAGCUCAUGAUUUGGGUGUUUACUUAUCGGAAACUUAAACUAGAAAGUUUUACAGGCUACAAAGUCAGGUAGCAUGAGUCAGAGUUAGUCCUUUAUUAAUAAUAAUAACCAUCAGCUCAGACUUCGCCCCUCAGUGAUCACCUGACUCCUCCCCCUGCAGGAUCUGGUUGCCAUGCGCUCUCAGAUGAGCGGCCAGGUGAACGUGGAGGUGGACGCCGCCCCUCAGGGUGACAUCAUCAAAGUGCUGGAAGAGAUGAGGGAAUACUACGAGACUGUUACCGCCAAGAGCACAAAAGAGCUGGAGGGAUGGUUCCAGGCCAAGGUGAGGUGCUGACCUCUGACCUUUCCUCACCUGUAAGUUUAAACCAAAUUGACCUUCUUCUUCUCUCCUCUCAGUGUGAAGCACACUCACAGGAAGUGGCAAUGGCAACGGCAAGUGUGGUUGUAAGCUCUACGACUGAAGUCAAGGAGAGUAAGUCUGCACUGCAGGCCAUGGAGAUCGAACUCCAAUCACAGCUCAGCAUGGUGAGGCCAAAAUUCAACACAGCUUUAUUUACACAUAAAUUCCUAGACAAACAUAGAGAUGCAAACCAGAGGGCUGCACAUAAAAACAGACAAGAAGUAACAGUUACAUGUGAUAUAAUAGAAGAAACCAUGAUUAGUGACUAACGCUAAAACAAAUGUAAAUAAGAAUCAAUACAGUGAAAUCAGUGAACUGUGAGAGAACAGAAAAAAAACAUGAGAAUAAUUGGCAGUUAAAAGGAGGCAUUAAAUAAGUAAAUCAAUAAAUGAAUUUACUCUCGAAAAACUCUUACCACAUGAUAACUCUAAAAGCAUUAAGAAUUUCCUUUUUUAAAACCAUUUUAACAUAUUCUUGAGCUUUAAGAGUGCUUUUAUUUAGACUGAUAAAACCCGAAGACAAAGUUUUUAAAGGAGAAAACAAAACAACAGAGAGUGUGCCUUUAUAAAUCCAGAUAGGAUCGACCAUAUGUAGAGAUAUCUACUUGCUUUGUUUUACUGUUGACAUUCUUCUUUUUUUUUUCCUACAUAAUUUCUGUUUGAUGGCCCCUUUAACUAUUUCAUCGUUAUCCUUUAAAUAAAUAAAUUCAUUUUGGUUAAUUAUUUUGGUCAUUAUUAUCUUUGAAAUAAGAAUAUUCUUAACCAGAAUUCAUCUUCCAUAUGAAACACAGUAAAAUAUCGUUAAACCCUGCUCUUGGUUUUUUCUUCUUCUUUUUUAAUGUGUCUAUAAACAAGAGUUCACCUUUGAAAGUGAAACGACUUAAGAGAGAAUAGAGAACUGUGAGUACUAUAAUCUACAAAAGAACAGAUACUGAAGUGUUGAUUUGAAGGAAUAGCAGUAAAAUAUGACCAGGAGUGGGUCUAGAAUAGAGCCCUGUGGAACACCACUGCAGGAGUUUUACAAAGUAAACAUUCAAUUUUAGACUAACCUGUAUAAUGUUGAGCUCUUUGAGAUAAAUCCGUAAUCUAAGGCUUGUUUAAGAAAGUUGUCAAGAAAAUAAGAAUCUGUGAAAAAAUGUCCUAUGCAUGUUUAAAGAUUAAAGACAAAAAUAUAAAUUCAAUUUUGCACACAUUAAUUUCGUCUCCCAUUUCUUCAUUCUUUUGUGUAUUUUUUACUUUGUCAAACCAUGCCACACUUUAUCCAAACAAAACAGAGAAAAACAGAUUCCCUCCACUAUCUUGCCUAUCUACAGACACAAUGUAAAGACUUUUUACACAGAAGUAUUGUCUGUUUACCCUGCAUACGUUGCCUAUUUUGUGCACACAAUGUAUAGCUCCGUAAGUCAACAAAUCUACAUGUUUUAGUUUCAUGUUUUUCUUGACUGUAAUUUUUUUCUUUCUAUUCCUGUUUACCACCUUUGCACUGUUUUGAUUCUACUUUGACUUUAAUUGUUAUAGCAUAAGACAUGUUUCUUCAAUGUGAGAACCUUCUCAGUAUAGUGAAUUUGACCCUCAUUGAGACAUCAUGAUGUAUUCCUGUGCACAUGUGAAGGUCUGUGGUCUGGUUUCUGGCCUCUAAUAUGUCUCUGGUUCUCUGCAGAAAGCCUCUCUUGAAGCCAGUCUGUUUGAUAUCCAGAGCCGCUACAGCCUUAUGAUGAGCUCAUUCCAGUCGCAGGUAAGCUGUGCAGUCUGCAGGUGACAUGUUAGAUACUGUCAGCUGUUUUUAGCUCCAUCACUGAGGUGCUGUGUACCUGUGUGCAGGUGGGAAGUAUGGAGGGCCAGCUGGUGGCUCUAAAGGCUGACCUGGAACGGCAGGCAGGGGAAUACCAGAUGCUGCUGGACAUCAAGACCAGACUGGAGAUGGAGAUUGCAGAGUACAGGAGGCUGCUGGAUGGAGAGGGAGGCGGGUGAGAAGAGUUGGCAAACUAUUUUAAAAAUUCAGGUUUAAGAGUUACUAAGGAUUAGGAUACGGAUUAUUAAGGGGUUUGAAUGACUAACAGGUACUUCAAAUCUCUAAAUUCAUAUAAUAAAUCUUUUAGAGACAGGGCUUUUUCACUUAAAAAAAAGGAGAUUUUUUGACAGCAAACUUAUUCCAUCAGACAACAGACAACAUUUAAAAACUGUAUGUUGAACCUCACCAUAGACAGGAGUUGCUGUUCUUAUAAUCUGCACCAGAGCUGACUGUUAAAUAUUGAUUUAAAGAAAGAAGGAUUAACAGUAAAUUAUUAACAGCAUUGGGAUAAAAAUAGAACCCCAUGAAAUGCUAAUAUAGGUGUUUUAAAGUAAAUCUUACAUUUUCAGAUGGUUUCCCUUUCCCUUAUAUAAAACCUGAGUAUACUGUGUAUUUUGAAACAUUAAGUGAUUAAUUUGAGGUUUGUUAUGUAUCUGGAGGAGGUCAUGUAUCAGAUUUUGGCAGUUUAUGAAGACAAACUUGAACAAAAACUAAUUAAAAUGGUGUUGCAAGGUUUUUCACAAACCUUUUCUCUUAGUAUGAUAGGAAGCAGUUGAGGAGAGUUUUUUUUAACUAGUAAUUUUCUGGUUGUGGAGAACAAGAUUCAGGCCAGGCAGUGAAAUUUGGGUUAGAGAUGUAAUAGCUCUCAAACACAAUCGGUUAAAGUUUCUCUUUCUGGGAGUCAUUUGAAAGGAAAAAAAUUGAAAACAAGACAUGAAAAAUAAAAAGGAACGGAAGAGUGUGAGAGCAAAUAAAAAAAUGAGGGGAGAAAUUUUUUUUUCUAUUAUGCAAAUCAGAAGCAAAGCCGAUCGUACUGAAAGAUGGUUUUAGAAUAAAAACGAGUUUUUUCCUCAGUGUUCAUGAUGAAUAGAAACUCCCCCCUCUUGUUUUUCUUCCCUCCCCGGUCCUGAUACUCUUCUGUCAUACUCCGCUAUGAUGAAUGAAGGAGUAUAACGUUUCUAACACCAAAUAAAUCAGCUCAAGAAAAUUAGGAAACUUUAAAACUAAUUUUCUUAUGUAUGAUGUUCUAGUUUAGUAUCCAAACUGCUGCAGCUGAUUGAAAAUUGAUCUUCAGGUGAUUUCCUGGUGUUUCUCUAACUCUAACUCUAACUAUUUUCUCUCCGUCUCAGAUCUAUGAAGUCCUCAGUGGUGACAACUACCAAGACUAUCACUUCAUCUGGAGGUGGUUUGGGAGGGGCUGUUUCUGUGGACGCUGGUGCUGCCGCCGCAGCUGCUGCCACCGCAGCUGCCUCACUGUCCAUCGACUCCUCCAUCUCCUCCUCCUCUACUACCACCACCACUAUACAGGUGGUUGAGACGCAGGAGACCAUCACUGCCUGAGCACACGUCUGUCUGACCCCAAAUCAAACCUUAAUCAAUCACCUUCCUGCACACCCUAGCUGCAGACCCAUCACUUCACUUCUUUCUGGCUGUAGUUGGAACCAUGUCAAGAUCUGUCAUGUGAGAGGAGAAAUUAAAGCUUGCUUGUUAGUCUGAGGGAUAAGUAGAACAAACCUUCUGUCUGAUGCUGCAAGGAAUAAAACUCAGCCAAACUCAACAAA